AUGCGCGUCUCGCGCAACAACGUCUUCACUCUCUCUCAGCUGCUUGCCGACCGCGAGAACCGAGAUCGUGCUGCGGCAGAGCAUCAAGGACGCACCGGACAUUGCAGAAUCGCUGAUCUUGAGUUUGUCGACGCAGAAGAAUGGGUGGACAACGACGACUACAAAGAUGCGAUGGACAUUGGCCUAUGGUUGCCAGAACCGAUGCCAAUCUUUGACGAUUGA